AGAAAUUCAAACACACACACACCUCAAAACCCCCCAAUUCAGACCAUUACUGCAAUGUCUCAAUCAAUCUACCCUUCUUCUUCUGUAACCCUAGCCUUCAAAUCAAUGGCCACCGAACCACCACCAUCAUCCGUCGUUUCCAGAAGAAGAACCACCACUGCUGGCAGCAAUACAUCCGCCCUAGAAGCUCGUAUAUCUCUUGUAUUCGCUCUCGCCUCUCAAACCUCUUCCGUCUCGCAACGACGUAAAUUUUUGGCGGAUUUGGCAACUGAGACGGCGAAAUACGUGUUUCCGAAGCGGUUUGAGAGUCGUAAUAUAGAGGAAGCUCUUAUGUCAGUUCCGGACCUGGAAACGGUUAAGUUUAAAGUUUUGAGUAGAAAUGAUCAGUAUGAGAUAAGAGAACUUGAGCCUUACUUUGUAGCCGAGACUACAAUGCCAGGAAAAUACGGGUUUGAUCUGAAUGGUUCGUCUCAAUCGUUUAAUGUACUAGCUGAGUACCUGUUCGGUAAGAAUACGGCUAACGAGGCAAUGGAGAUGACUACUCCUGUACUCACACGAAGGACCCAAUCUGGGGGUGAGGCGAUGGAUAUGACUACCCCUGUGAUAACAAAGAGGAUGGAAGAUCAAGAUAAAUGGAAAAUGUCGUUUGUCUUGCCUUCAAAGUACGGUUCCAACUUACCACUGCCCAAAAACUCUGCUGUAACUAUCAACGAGGUGCCUGCCAAAACUGUGGCUGUUGUUGCGUUUUCAGGUUUUGUUACCGACGAAGAUGUCAUGCGCCGGGAAAUAAAACUUCGGGACGCCUUAAAGAACGAUAGUCAAUUCAAAGUAAGAAGUGGUGCGUUGGUGGAAGUUGCACAGUACAACCCACCGUUUACACUCCCAUUUACUCGGCGUAAUGAAAUUUCUCUGGAAGUUAUAAGGAAGCAAGAGUAGAUCUUCAUUCUACGAUAGUCAGCAACAUGAUACACGAAAGUAAUAAGUUAUCAGUUUCUGUUGAUACAAUCACGUAUGAUAUGUAAAGUCGAAUGCUUAAUUUGUGUUGGGUGUAUAUAAUAUAUAGAAUUUCUAUACGUUUGUUGGCUUCCUACUUAUUCACGUUAUAAAUGUAACACACUCAGGUAACUAAAUUUUGGUACUUCUGUAUAGCUCCCUUUUCCUUGGGGAUUUUUAGUUGA